AGUGAAAGCGAUGGGUAUACGUGGGGCUCGCAGCAUCCUCGGCUGUUCGAGUGUAAGUUUACGGGGGCAAGAAACGGUCCGACGAUGAGUGUAUUUCCUGAAAGCUGGUUGUUGCUCCCAGUGUGCAGGCGGACCGGGGACAGCCACAGAGUUUUCAGAGCUAGUAGAUCUGAGAUUCGUCAAUAUUAUACCGAUCAGAUAAAAAGCAGAAAGUUCAACCCAACCGGUUGUAUUCCUUCGCGGCUUUCCAGCUUUCUUCCUCUCCUCCACACUUCAAUAUCCCUAAUGGCCAUCACAGACGAACCUCUCAGGCGUGUCCUAGUCACCGGAGGAGCGGGUUACAUUGGUUCACACGUCAUUUACUGUUUACAAGAGACCCGUCGGUACAAGGUCAUCUCGGUCGACAACAACCACAACUCGCAUCCCAAGUCUUUGCAACGUGUAGCUCAACUCGCUCGUGACGCUCUUCCCCAAGAUGCUUCAGAGAAAGACAAGGACAGCGCAGAAAUUGAAGCCGUAACUUGUGACCUGACCAAGAAGGACGAGAUUCGAGGAGUGUUCGAAAAGUAUGGCAAAGGUGGUAUCUGGGGUGUCAUUCACAUUGCGGCAUACAAAGCUGUUGGUGAAUCCACCGAGGUUCCUUUGACCUACUAUGAAAACAACGUAUCCGCCACUGUCUACCUGCUACAAGUCAUGUCUGAAUAUGACUGCCCUCGACUUGUAUAUUCCUCAAGCGCGACUGUGUAUGGAACACCUCCGACCAUCCCCAUUCCCGAAUCGACGCGUCUCCAAGCCGACAGUCCAUACGGCAAGACUAAAGUCAUGUCAGAAACCAUAAUUCAAGAUCUUUGUGCUGCUGAACCACAAAGGUGGCGAGCACUAUCACUCAGAUAUUUCAACCCCGCAGGCGCACACCCAUCUGGUUUGAUUGGUGAAGAUCCCCGAGGGCGACCAGGCAACUUGCUUCCCUUGCUUGCGCAUAUGGCCGUUGGACGAGUCAAGGAUGACAAGCUCAGCGUAUUCGGUAACGAUUAUCCGACGCCUGACGGUACAUGUGUGCGAGACUACCUGCACGUUAUGGACCUGGCGAAGGGACAUCUACUUGCGCUUGAUGCCUUGUCACCGUCAUCCAAUGUCUUCGACAACUGCCCUACCGAGGCGCGAUUCAAGGCUUACAACCUCGGAAAGGGCAAGGGCAUGAGUGUGCUCCAGAUUGUCGAGGCCAUGCGGAAAGCGACUGGCUUCGACUACAAGUAUGUGAUAAUCGGCCGACGACGGGGUGAUGUACCCGACUUGACGGCUGAUCCUACAUUGGCGGAGAAAGAACUUGGAUUCAAGGCGACACACGACCUUGAGACGAUGUGUCGUGAUCUUUGGAACUGGCAGACCAAAAACCCUGAUGGAUACGAUACUCCCGAGACCUCAAAGGUUAACUCAGCUUAAGUUACCGAAUACAGGAGUCGAUGUUCGCUUUUUUUGUGCGGAGAUAGCACAAAGUACAUUUGACAGAUACCCUCAGAUACAAACGUAGUAGACUUGUUUUGAUACUCUAUAGUUGACUUCUGUAUUUUUCGAUCGAGACGAUAACACAGUAACUCAUACCCUCAUUGCCUGCUCAUGGCCGGCCAAGAGCAAUAGCAUAGAGCAUGAGAAAUCGAGAUACAUUCUAAUAACUACAAUUCGAUUACAAGCGUUCGAUA